UCCGGCCAGGCCGCCGUCUGGGUGGCGCGGCCGAGUCCUCCCGCGGGCCUCGCCGCUUCGCGCUUCCACUGCCUUCCCCCCGCCUCGUGCGGGGGGUUGGGCGGCCGCCGGAGGCCACUCGGACUUUUCCCCGCGCCUGCGGUCGGCCCGGCGCCGUGGCUCUGCGCGCGGGGGGCCCGGGGUCGGAGUGGCUGCGGCCUACCCGGGCCCGCCGCUCAGCCCCAUGAGGCACAGCCUGACCAAGCUGCUGGCAGCCUCGGGCCGCGACUUCCCGAGCCGCCGCGACAGCCGGGAGCCGCCCGCCACGCGCGCGCCGCCCCGGGAGCCGAGCGGGGCAGCCGCGGGGGCGGAGACGCCGAGGCCGGGAUCGCCUGACCGCGAGCAACCUCACGGGGACGGGGACGGGGGCGAGCCGGAGGCCCGGAGCGGGAGCCGCGGCAGCGUGGCCGUGCGCGCGCCCGCGCCCUCGCCCGUGAAGAUGGAGGAGGAGGAGGAGGAGGAGGCGAUCGCCAUGGUCCCCAAGGAAGAGCCGGAGGACAUGGACUUUCUCUCCGGGCUGGAGCUGGCCGAUCUGCUGGACCCUCGGCAACCGGACUGGCACCUGGAGCCCGGGCUCAGCUCGCCCGGGCCCCUGUCCUCGUCCGGCGGAGGCUCGGAGAGCGGAGGCCUGUUGAGGGGGGACGACGACGACGACACCGCGGCCGCCGAGAUGCAGCGCUUCUCCGACUUGCUGCAGAGGCUGUUGAACGGCAUCGGAGGUUGCAGCAGCGGCGGUGACCGCGGCGGCGGGGAGAAGAGGCGGAGAAAGUCCCCGGGAGCAGGAGGCGGUGGCGCCAACGACAGCAACCAGGCGGCGACCAAGAGUCCCCGGAAGGCGGCGGCGGCCGCUGCCCGUCUUAAUCGGCUCAAGAAGAAGGAGUACGUGAUGGGGCUGGAGAGUCGGGUCCGGGGACUGGCAGCCGAGAACCAGGAGCUGCGGGCCGAGAAUCGGGAGCUGGGCAAGCGCGUGCAAGCACUGCAGGAGGAGAGUCGCUACCUACGGGCUGUCCUGGCCAACGAGACCGGACUGGCUCGCCUGCUGAGCCGGCUGAGCGGCGUGGGACUGCGGCUGACCACCUCCCUCUUCAGAGACUCGCCCGCCGGCGACCACGACUACGCCCUGCCGGUGGGGAAGCAGCCGCCGGAGCCUCGGGAAGAGGACGACGCGGCGGGAGGAGUGUGUCUCCAUGUGGACAAGGAUAAGGUGUCGGUGGAGUUCUGCUCGGCGUGCGCUCGGAAGGCGUCGUCGUCUCUUAAAAUUUUCUUUUUUAGGUGAUUUCCUUCCUGCCAGGCUCCGUUGUAGGGGUUACAGAACAGUCGUUCCCGCCUCACAACCUGGUAAGGAUCCAUCUCUUCCCGUAACGCUCAUGCUCUGCAGCUUAGCCUACUUUAAUGGGCAGACAUCUCAAUGUGUGUGUGUGUGUGAUAUCUUUUUUUGUUUGUUUCUUUUUCUUUUUGAAAGGUGGUGGGAGGGGAAUCUUAAUUUGGGCCUUGUCCACCCUGGAAACAGACUUGUGCUGGUCAUUAAUGUACUUAAGUUGCUUCUGGUUGAAAUAGCUGUUAAAUGUGUCCCCUUGUUCAGAGUUGCGUGUACCUAGCUCUUCUGUCCCCAGUGUGGACAUGGCCUUGGAUGACAUCGGUUCCAACUGUACACUGAAACCUGCUAAUAGAGAUACAGUUUGGAGACAGUCAAACAGGUGAAGUUGAAUGGAAGUUCCGAGUUGUACAAGGUGCAAAUUGGAAUUCCAAUUGUAGAGCAACUUUUCAGAGGUUGACAAUAAGUAUUGAGGCAUGCGCAAAUGUGGUAUUUUUUUGGAGAUGACAAAUCUCCUAAAAUACUUAAGAAUGCCUUAUAGUUUUCAGCAGAAAAUGCAGAAAUACAAUCUAUUUAAAGACCCUAAUAUCUCACCACUUGAGAAGUUGGAAGUUAACAUACCCAUCAGAUUUCUGUGUUUUAAUUAGAAGAUGAUAAAUGAAAUGUUUCUUUGAGGACCAGCACAGUAAUUACUAAUCAAUGAGUAUGAAGAAAUUGUUGAAAGUAUUUUUGUUGUAUUAAAAUUUAGGCUAAAUUUCUGUAUGAUUAGAUAUUGAAGGUUGUGAAAUGUGAAUGAAAACAUGUAAAGUGAGGCUUCACAAAGAAUCUUUUCUCCAUAUUUCUAAAACUUUUGUCCUGUUUAAAAAUACUUGUUUAAAUUAAUGAAAUGAUUGAUACCGUUUUUCCAAAGACGGAAAAGUCUUUCCUUAAAAUACUGUUUAUUGUCCACUUGUCUUAAGUGUGUGUUCUGAUGCUCUGAAAUGCAAGAGACAUUAAAUUCUUUGUGAAACAUCACUGUUUGAUAAAGGAUAUACGUAUUUAGCAUCCUUGUUUUUCUUUGUGCUAAAGUGGAUACAGCUGUUGGGGCAGAAGAGACGGGACCAGCUGCUGGCCACAUUUCCUGCUUUAUUUUAAAAGGUAGUAUAAGAAAUAAGGAAACAGAGGUAAUAUCAGGGCUUCUGCUGUCUUUUAUUUUUAAAAUGUUCAUAAUCAAGUAUUUUCCAGCAGUCCAAAGAUGUAAGUUAUUCUACAUGUAAGAUGUUUUAUUUUGUUACUUGGUUAUGGAAAUGGAAUCUUGUUCUUGCACAACUGUAAAUGUUUUGUUGCUAGAUAAUAUGAUUUUGAGACCUAAAUUAGUCUCUGGUUUUUCAGUCUAUCACAUUUUGUAAAAUUCUCUACUGCACUUGAGCAUGAAUGGGUAGUAGCCAAACUCACAACUUGGAGUGACGGACCUGCUUCUACAAGGGUAGGAUACAAGCCCCACAAUGCAGCUGCAUGGAUUUCAGUGCCUAUGAAUUAUAUAUAUAUAUAUAUACAUAGAUAUAGAAACCAAAAGUAGUUGGAAAUUUAUUUGAAAUGACUAAUUUGUGCUCUUUCUGAAGUAUGUUAAAUGUAGCUUUUGAAACAGAAGCCUUGAAUUGAAAUUUAAUACUUGAACAUUUUUGUAUAUAUUUCUUUGUAUAUAAUUUUGUGCAGAACCAAUGACAAACAUAUGGUGUCAUAAUAAAAUCAGGUUUGUUGAUCUUUCAGUUAUGGGCUCAAAGAAUUUAUUCAUCUCUAACAUGAUAUUGGAAAGUAAUGGAUGAAAAUAGGAAAAAUGGUUGUUAAUAUAGACUCAAAAGGUUCUGGAAGUAGUAAGUUUGUUUUCCUAAAAACUAUACCAUUUCUGUGGAAUAUUUUCUUAACCUCAGUGCUUUUCCUGCAUUUGAAGUGUGGGCUUGGGGAAAAAUAGUUUCUGAAUUGGGAUGUUUUAAAAUUCCAAGUACAGAGUCUUAGGCUGUCAUUUUAUAAAUGGCAGUUUGGAGAAUUAGGAAUUCUCAACAGUGGCAAGAUUAGAGUGUCCUAUUUUUAAAGCUGCUUUCUUAGGUUCCUCAUGUCUUAUUAACUGUGUUUUUUCUUUCCAUUUCAUUGUUUUUUUCUAGUUUUGGUGACAGUGAUCUUUGUCAUUUUUUUGCAUCAACUCAUGGUCUUGUUUUUACAUGGUAACUGCAUGUAUUUAGGACCUAUCAGGGGCUUUAAAUAAAUUUGAUCAUAUUUAUGUGUAAGCACAUUUUACUGUAAAUGUUUGGGUUUAAUUUACAGCAGUUGUUUAUUUCAGUGUGUAGUAAACAGUAUCUUAAGUGUUCUGUUCACUACUUGUUAAUUAAAAAAGUUAUGAUUAAUAUAAAACUGUUGUCUUACUAUUUUUAGAAAACUGUGUUGUGAAUAAUUAGUAUUUUGAUAGUUCAGAAAUACAAAAUAGAUUGCUUUGAAAUUUUCAGGUUUGGGUGUAUUUACUGUGAUGGUUGAGAACAAUUUAGUAUUUGGGGAACUGUUUCAGGUUUUAUUCUUGAUUUGUACCUGUGUAAAAAUGAUAAAAAACCUUAAAAUGUAGCUUUUAAAUACCUGUCUUCCUAUGGUAGUUAAUAUUCAUACAUUAAUUGACUAACACAUAUUGGCAUAGUAUUUCUAUCAUAGUGACUUAAGUUUUUGUCCUUUUUUUAACCAUACUUAAAAGUAUGUUUGUUAAAAAAUGUAGUCACACCUCUGAUAUAUCCAACAAAGUAUUCAAAAUAUUUUAAAUAUCUGUACAUUUCAUACUCGCUAAAUUAAUCUCUUUCUCUUCUCUUUAAACAGCUUAGCAGUAUCUGCAAAAACGAAUCUUUUCCUACAACCUGUUAACUGACUGGACUGAUGGUAACAGUAAUUGUGGGAGCCAUGUCGGUCAAAAAUUUGGCAUCUGCUGAAAGACAUGAAUGCCAUUUCCAAGGUCCCAAAUUACUUCUAUACUGAUUACACUUUCUAGAAAUGGAGAUAUGAAAAGAUUCUCUGGAAUGCUUGAAAGACUUAAUAGAAAUCCAUGAGACUAAGUUAAUUUUGGAACAAAAUUACACCUCUUUUUUUUUCAUUCAUGGCAAUAACACUAAAUUUAUCGCAUACUUUAAAAAAUUGUAACCAUUGGAGAAGAGAAUUCUAGAGUUUCAUCAAGAAAUAUUAGAUCUUUACACAAUCAAGGACAUUUUGUGGAAUUAGAUUUAGUGGGUUAGAAUGACAUAAAUGAGCUAGCAGUGAUCACAAACCUCAUGAGUUUGUAUUCUGGAAUGGAAAGAGCCGCUUUGGAAGACAGACACGUUGCUGAGUAGAAUAAAGUCCUUAACUAAAAGAUUAGUGUCUUAAAA